AUGGCAAGCAAGAACACACCUUCAAAAAUUCAAGACAUCAUUUCACAAAGUGACAAAAGAAGUAUUCUUAUUGAACAAGGACCUCCUGAAAGGUACCAGCUGGUAACAAACAAACAGAGACUGGACCAGGAUGAUAAUCUCACCAGAUGUACCUUUGGGGAGAGAGAUCCCACCAAGGUCAACAAAACCAUUCUGAUAGUGGGAGAGACAGGAUCAGGGAAGUCAACUCUGAUCAAUGCCAUGGUGAAUUACAUCCUGGGUGUAGAGUGGGAGGACAAAGUCUGGUUCGAGAUUGUGGAGGAGGAAAAAAGAAGUCAGACUGAAAGUCAAACUACAGGAGUCACUGUUUAUGACGUCUUUUGGUGUGAGGGCCAGAGAGUCCCCUACUCCCUCACCAUCAUUGACACUCCUGGAUAUGGAGAGACCAGAGGGAUCCAACAAGACAAAAUGAUUCCUGAAAAAUUGAUGGAGUUGUUUAGAUCUGAAUAUGGAGUCCAUCAAGUUGAUGCUGUCGGUUUAGUGGUGAAAUCAAGUACAAAUCGACUUACUGUUGAACAGAAGUACAUUUUCGAUUCAGUUUUGUCUUUAUUUGGCAAAGACAUGGAGAAGAACAUUGUGGCCCUCAUUACACACUCAGAUGGGAGGCCCCCAAAGAAUGCACUUGAAGCUAUUAUAAGAGCAAACGUUCCCUGUGCCAAGAAUGACAGGAAUCAACCUGUUCAUUUUGCGUUCAACGACUGUCAAUGUGAAGUCUUUGAUGAGGAAAAUGAGGAUUAUGAAGAAUAUGUGGUUAGUCCGAAGACAGUGUGGGACAAGGGAGCAAAAUCCAUGGACAAGUUUUUCGACAAUAAAAUGGAACCAAAAAGCGUGAAGAUGACUGAAGGAGUUCUGAGAGAACGCAAACAACUGGAGGCGUGUGUCAGCAACCUACACGAGCGGAUCCACAUGGUUGAUCUGAAGCAGGAUGAAAUCAAGCAGACUCAAGGAGCACUCUGUGAACACAAGGAAGACAUAGAGAAAAACAAGGACUUUACAUAUACUGUUGAAGAGCCAUACAAAGAAAAGGUUCCUGCAGAAAAGGGGACUGCAACCACCUGCACAGUGUGUGAGGAGAACUGCCACUAUCCAGGCUGCUGGUGGGUCAGUGAUCUCUCAUGGUGCAGUGUGAUGAAGAAGAUCUACUGCACUGUGUGUACUGGCAAAUGUCACUACACCAAGCAUGUCAAAUGA